CUUUUCGUGAUAUUGAGAGACACCCCGUGAUAAAACGGCAAACAUCUUGGCAGAAGCAAUAUUGAAAGGAAGAAUAGAUGAGUGGCUUUGUUGAUGGAUUGCUAAAUGGGUGUUCGGCCACGUGAAUAGGAUCCUUGGUUUCAUGCAAAUUUGAGUGGUGUUCGUUUUCGUCCCGUUUUACGUACGCCCCUUGGUCCCCGCAACUGCUUCAGCCUCCACAGAGCUUCGUCCCUCCUUUCGACCUCAAAAAAUGACGGCUCCUUCUGCAUAUCCCAUUGCGGGGAUAUUUUAUUUUCUUACUCAUCCUCAGUUAUGGAUGAAAGCACUGUGUCCGUUUCUGUUGACUUUGAUUGUCGGCAUUGUAUCUCUUGUGCUGUCAUUUGUGUUUCUGUUACCACUGCAAGCCCACGCUUUGAUCAAUGCGAACUGUCCUGCAUGGCUCGCUUGGCUCGUUUCCGUCAUCUUUGUCUUGCUGGAAUCGGCAAUAUUUGACUUGAUAUUCUAUGCUCUCAUGUUGCCUAUUUUCCAAGACGUUCUUUUCGAUGCUACUAUCAAGGCCCGUGGACUUCAGCGGAUGUUUGAUACCCGUAUUCCAGUAUCCGGUCUCGUCCUCUGUUGUCGCGGUGUAUCGUCCGGUCUCGUCCUUGUUUACAUACUCAUUAUCGCACAGAUCUUGAUCCUGAUCAUCACAGCACCUUUGAACCUCAUUCCCGUGGUGGGUACAGCUAUUUCAUGCUAUAUCAAUGGAUGGCCCGCAUGUUGGGGGCACCAUAUUCACUAUGAUUUGGAAUUCCGCGGAUUCUCUGUCAGCGAUUCAAGACGAUGGGCAUGGAAAAAUAAAGCCGCCUAUUGUGAAUUUGGCGCUGUAGCUGUUGCACUUGAAUUGAUUCCCCUGUUCAAUCUGUUAUUCAUGUGGACCAACGUUGUAGGCGCUGCACUGUGGGUGUGUGACACUUACGAAAAGAACGAGAAAGUUAUCAGCAAGCAACAACGUCAACAACAAUCAGCAGGCUUUGUCGAUCAUCUAUCGAUUGGAUCCUUUUACAGACCUCAUAACAAUGUGCCGACUCCAGAAACUUUCUCUCCGCACUCCAUACUAUCUACCAACAAACAAGGUUACAGCCGUAUUUAAACGGUUUUCUCCAUUGUGUAUAUCCCCGAAGUGUAACCCCCUUCCCCUUCCCCAAGUCAAUUAUCACAUGGAAUAUCCUACAUGACGCUGCAUUUUUCCAAACAAAUAUAUACCACUUUUACCACGAUCUCCCGCAGGACGAGUUUGAAGCACUCGAUCUGUGAGGAACCGUUGAGACAUGUGUUGGCUGGAGUAAAUUAUUAUAAAUGCAACAAGAGCUUGUGUGUUUUUGGAUGCAUUUGUAACCAAAGCCAUGAAACAAGGUGGUGACAGGUUUCCAUGGGGGGCAAGACUAGGAAAUGUUGCAUUACUUCUUGCUUCCAUUGCACAUUGUGGCGAUCAAAAUGAACUGUGGAAGAGUGGGGUUUUUAUCCAAUGAAAACUGUUCGUUUGUUCUGCUGGAGCUAUCGAUUGGAUUUUCUCCUGCCUUGAGCGUAUCAAUUUACACACUAUAAAUAGUAUAAAAUAGAUUCUAACCCCAAUGUUUUCGCCCUG